AUGAGCGAUCCGCCUUUACGUAAAAGGCGUGUUAUUAAGAAGCCUGAUAGUGAUUCUAGUAAUAACUCGCCUCAAGUAACACCAUCAAGCAGUCAGAGUUUAAUUCAUCCUUCGAAUUCGGAAGAAUUAAAUAAAAACGAGCAAAAUGAAGAAAAUAAUUUAGUUACUACUUACACAACUGAUCCUGAAACAGGAGAGAUAAUUCAAAUUACCCAUAAAAAGGCUUUAGUUAAAAGGAAAGUUAAAGUUGGGCAAAAUCCCCAAAUUGUAGCUCCAAUUGACUUAGGAGACCUCGAUACAAAUACCAAACCUUCAUUAACUGUUCCAAAUAUUACAAUUCACCCAGAAAAUUCGCAAACUCAAUCAAAAGUUCCUUCUCCAAAGAUUGUUAAAGAAUUAACUGUAGAACAAAUAGUCGGUAUGGAUGACGAGCCAGAAGAUUACGAUAAUCUCGAUGUAGAAAAGAUUUCUUCCUAUGAAAUGCAAAAUCUGUUAUCCUCUCAACAUAUCAAAGAAAUCAGAGCCAACUUCAAUGAAAGAAUGCAACAGAGAGAAGCAGAGUAUCAGAAAUCACGCCAACCACAAGAAAAAGGAAACAAUAAUGCAAUCCAAAAUUGUUUCAAAGGAUUUGCAACAAAUUUCGCACAAAUAACAAAAACAAUUAAUAAUGAAGCGAAUUUCCUUACAAACUUUGCAGAUAAUUUGAAUUAUUCCUCAAUUCCUGAAGAUUUGCCAAUUUUAACGAAAGAUUUCUACAACGAGUCAUGCAACAAGAGCAAAAUAUAUACUCGACCUCUUGAAGCUUCUUACGACGAGUUAUUUGGAAAUAUUCCGGAAAUUUCGAUCGAAAUUAUUAAAAAAGAUUUGGGAUUCGAAUUAAUGCAAGUUACAGAAGACGCAAAGCCACAGGAAAUAGAUCUUGUCCAAGAAAUGCGAAAUUCUUUAGUUUCGUGUCGAAAAAAGAUUUCUCGAGAAAUUUCGAUCAUCGACAUGAAACAGAAGUCCGCCCAAUCCUUAUUCUCAUAUAUAUCAGCUCUUGUUCUUACAGGCAUUAAGACAACUAAUUUCGCUGAUCUUUUAAGUUCAAUUCGCGAUGAGAUCCGAAAUUUACACAUUUAUUCAGCGAUUGACAACAAUUUAACGAAAGUAAUUGAUGCAUUACUUUCUGAUGGCAUCAGUCAUGGCAGGAAAGGUUCUUUGAAGGCAAUUUACGAUCUUUUGAAGAAAAAUGCGUUAAGUCAAUUUAUUCAGACAAUUGCGAACUCCACAUCUAUUUCUUCUGAUUAUUAUCAUAGAGAUUCGCCAAUUGUCAAUGCAAAUGUUUGUUCUCCGGCUGUUUCAAUCAUUGAAGAAGUUGAAGCAGCGAAAUUUGAUGAUGAUUUGGAACUGGAUAAAAUAAAUAAUCCAUUACCAACUUCUUCGCCACGAUUUGCUUCGAGAUUUAGAAAUACAAUGAAUAAAUACAACAAAUUGCAAAGUCAUGCUGUUUUGGCAUCUGAAAAAGCAGAUAAAGAAAUAGAGAAAUUAGUAAUAGAUUGCAUGCACUUGAUAAGUCAGUUCUUGUUGUGUGGAAAGAAUGGUGAUUUAUCACCUGAAAUUUCAUGGAACGCGAUUUCUUCUUCUUCAUCAAAAAUUGUUAAUCAUCCUUCAUGGGAUAAAAUUGUUUUCUUGAUCAACAAGAGGAAGGCUGUUCUCAACACUUCUUCAACUAAAUUCUACAGAUUCAUUGUUGAUGUGUUCAAUGAAGGAAUGAGUCCUUUCUUACUCCCUUGUUUGUCUGAGUGCGGAAUGAAUCAGCAAAUAAUGCUCAGUCAAAGAGAAACAGUUCUCAGAGUCUCUCACGAUUUGAUUCCUUUCUCAAAAGGAUUCAAAUUCGAUGUAGAAAAGACUGCAGAAAUAAUCGAACAGUAA